GGACGAGGACACGCAAAACCAGUCAAAGUAACACCAGAUAAUCAGCGCAGGGCAGGCAGUGAACUGUUAGGUGCACUGUGGGCAUAUGUCAGCGUAUGUAAAUGGAGUGGAAUGGACUUUCUGGUAACUGAGGAGAAUACCGAUAUUUUUUAGUAGUAGGGCAUUCAUUACUCUUUAUUUUAUAAUCCUUGAAAGAGAGCAUAGAAUUGCAAUAAUCAUUUGAACUUCAGAGUGAGAGAAUCGAACGUUGUUGAAGUUGUAACUCUAAUAUAAAUAAUCUGAUACGGGACGUUUGGUUUUUGUUUGUUUGUUUUUGCUUGAAAUCUUGUAUUUAUUUCUUGGAAAAAAGUACUGCUGCUCUUAUGUGGUGAGCAGAUAGGAUGGCCAAUUUUAUUUAUAUUUUUCGUCACGUUCAGACCUUGCAGUUUGUAUUUGCAAUGGACAAGAUUUCUCCAGCAGAAGUUCAAAAUUGUUAA